AUUGAUCAGUCAGACUCGAAGCUUGUUUUAAUAAAGUUCAUAGUUUCGCUACACCUGUUGGCACAAUGACGGAGGCGAAUGUAGCUCGUUUGCUGCUGUUCGUUUUGGCACAGGUCACUUUCGUAAUGUGUCAAGAUGCGGAUGCAUUAGCAAAACAGUCUUGCACACAGGUUAAGCGCGACGUAUUUGAGGAACGAGUCGCGAUUAGUUUCUUCUUCGCUAAUGCGCCUGUUCGCUGGGAAACUAUUGAUUCGUGCCAUGGAUCACGACCGCUGAUAGUCGGUGGAACGCCCGCCGAGCCAAAGGAAUUUCCCCCUAUGGCGCGUCUAGGCAAUCGCGAUCGCAACAACGACACAAAAUGGAUCUGUGGCGGCACUUUGAUAAGCAAUCGCCUAGUGCUCACUGCAGCUCAUUGUCUCUACUCGGAAAAGGGUGCAGUAAAUGUGGUUCGGUUGGGUGAAUUGGACUUUGCCAGCGACCAGGAUGAUGCCGAGCCCGAGGACUUUGUUGUGCAAGAGAUAAUUGAGCAUCCGGACUAUAACUAUCAGAUGCUCUACCAUGAUAUCGCCCUAUUACUGCUGGAUCGUGCUGUGAAGUUCAGCGUCUAUAAGCACCCAGCCUGCCUGCCCUUUGUUGAUGGCGAUCGCAGCGAGAAUUUCAUUGCCAUUGGCUGGGGUCACAAGAAAUUCGCGGGCCGCGAAUCGACCAAACUGCUAAAGGUGAAGCUUACAAACUUUGGAACCAGAUGUCUCACAAGCACGGAUCUGGACGAACUGCCCAAUGGCUACAAUGUGAGCACCAUGCUGUGCAUUGGAUCCCCCGAGCUGAAGGACACCUGCAACGGCGACUCUGGCGGGCCAGUACUAAACUAUCAUGACGACUAUCCAUGCAUGUACCACGUCAUGGGCAUCACUUCAUCCGGCAUUGGCUGUGAAAACGCAAAUGUGCCCAGCAUCUAUACGCGUGUGCACUAUUACCUAGAUUGGCUCAGGCAGGAGCUGGCCAAGAGCAGAUGAAUAGCAGCCAGUCCCAAAAUCGAUUAGUUUUUAGCACAUGAAUUUACAUUGAUGUAUAUAAUUGAAACAAACAAAACUUUGCAUGCAUACAAUUGGAAAUAAACAGGAAAAGAAACUA